AUGAAGAUGCUUGUGCGCGUCAUACUGGGACUCUUCGUCCUCGAGUCGGCAAUGGGCGUGCCCUCCAGACGCGCCCGGCAGGUGGAGUUUGACACAUAUGACUCAGAGAACUAUGACGUGGACCUGGACAAUCUGAACCUGGAGAACCAGGACAUCUAUGACUACGAUGACGGACUGACCAUCGACGAGCCUCAGAUAGAGAUCGGCACGUUGGCCCCAAUGGUGGACAACUACCAGGCCCCUGCCGCAUCCCUGGAGGAAGAGGAGGAGGAGGAGGUUCCUCUGCGGACCUUCGAGCCCAUCAUCAUCCCCAGCACCAACAUCACGGGGGGCUCUGGAGUCCUGAUGGGCCCCGACACUCAGGGGGGUCUGCCCACCUGCCUGCUCUGUACCUGCCUGGGGGGCUCCGUCUACUGCGACGACGUGAAGCUGGAGAGCGUCCCGCCCCUGCCCAAGGACACCACUCACUUCUACGGCCGCUACAACAAGAUCACCAAGAUCAACAAGUCUGACUUCGCUAACAUGAACAAGCUGAAGAGGAUUGACCUGACCAGCAACCAGAUCGGGGAGAUCGACAGGGACGCCCUCGUCGGCCUGCCCGCCUUGGAAGAGCUGGUCCUGAGGGAGAACAACGUCGUGCAGCUGCCGAAGCUGCCCGCAGCCAUGACCCUCAUCGACGUCAGCCACAACGGCCUGGGCAGCAGGAGUAUCCAGAGGGAGGCCUUCAAGAAUAUGCACAACCUGCUGUACCUCUACCUGACCGAUAAUAACAUCGACCACAUUCCCGUGCCACUGCCCCACAGCCUGCGCUCACUCCACCUACAGAACAACAACAUCCAGGUGAUCCAUGAGGACACUUUCUGCAGCUCGAAGGAUAUUAACUACGUCCGCAAUGCCUUGGAGGACAUUAGACUGGACGGCAACCCAAUCAACCUGAGCAAGACCCCACAGGCCUACAUCUGCCUGCCCCGAAUGCCCAUUGGGAACCUCAUUUAA